AUGAGUAAUUCUUGGACAAGUGUUGAUAAUAGUUGUCCUCCAAGUGGGUUAUCUUCCAAUAUUUGUGGUAAGUUUGUGAACGGGAAAUUUCAUUGGGCUACUACUCCUUUUGGUUUUGAAUAUAACCCCAUGAAUUGCGAUCAGAACAUCAUUUCUUUUGAUUUGGCUGAUGAGAAAUGGGGAAAGGUAGAGAAUCCCUCCUACGGGGAAGGAGAUAUGGUUCCACGGCUACAAAUGUUGGGUAGUAAUCUUUCUAUCUUUUGUUAUAACAAGGAAAAGUAUGUAUCUAUUUGGGUUAUGAAAGAAUACGGGGUUAAAGAAUCUUGGACAAAGAUGUUUGUCAUCAAUUGUGUUGAUAAUCCAUAUGUGUGUAAUCUACCCUAUUUCAUGUCAAAUAAAGGUGAAAUUUUGGUUGCGUUUGCACGAAGAUUCAAGAUAUACAAUUCAAAGGAUGUCUCGUUCAGUCCAAAAGUUAUUAACUUUGAUCAUAUCCUAGAGAAUGUGGAAAUCUAUGUUGAGAAUGUGGAAAUCUAUGUUGAAAGCCUAGUUUCUCCUUUUCCAUCGGAGGAGGGCCGGACUAGUGAUGCAACAAAAAUACAGGCGAAAAAAGCUCAGAUCAAGACGAUCAAAUAA